AAUGAACAACAAUAGUCAUACAAAAUUUGAUAUUCUUCCUAAAAUUAUGACAACAUAGCACAAAUUACUUGAACCAGUCUAUCUCAGGAAUACUUAAAGCAAAUUUGCACGUAAUGAAAGCAAGUUGUUACCUCUUAUUUAAAGAAGUUCCAUUCUACCAUAGAGUCCAAAUACAAAACAAUUAGUUGUCUAAAGUAUAAUAAAUUAUUUAUUAAAGGACUUGUCCAUAGCUUAGAUUUUAGUUCAAGACAUUUUGGUGCUGCAUGUGAUAGAGGUUUUUAAGGUUUGUCUAAAUUUCAUUAUUCACAAAAAUUUGGCCAUUCGACUACCAGAUUAUAACCAUUGAAUAGACAUCUAAUUGCAGAACUAACUGAUACAGAAGACACUGAAUCUAUUCCAAAAGAAGAAAAGACAUAUUUUAAGAAAAUUUACAAAUAUCAAAAGAUGCCUAUACUUGCAUUAAUAAAAUCUUUCGAAAUAGAGUGGAUUAGAGAAAUUGAAGAUGAAGUAAAUAAAAAAUCAACAAAACCUCUUUAAUUAAAUUUUUAAAUGGCAUUAGCUAUAUUUAAUACUCAUUCUGAUCCUUUAGAUUUCUUUUAAAAAAAUCUAUAAUUAUUAGAAAGAAAUACUGUAGCUUUAAAAUAAAAAGGUUUGAAUAGAUUAAAGUAUAAAAUUAAUCAAUUUGAAACUGAAGAAUGUCAAAGAGUCAUUGUUAUCAAAAAUCCAUCAGGUUAAGGAUUCUUUAGAAUCUAUUUUCCUAUCAUUCAAUUAUAUUAAUAAUAAUACUAACACAUAUAAACUAUUGAACUAUCACCAUUAAAACUUUAUCAUAUUGUUAAGAAUAACUUCUUUGAAAUGUAAUCAUUUGUAGAAUAAUUUGAUCUUGAAAAAUUAUAAAUAUCUAUUUAAUCUAAGCCAGAAGAUAACCUUAUAUUAAAAGAUUUAAAUGAACCAGAUGUACAAUAAUAAACAACAUUAACAGAUAUUUAAAUUGAUCAAAACACUGUUUUAUAAGAUAAUCCACUAUAAAUAAAAGUUUAAACUGGAUUACCUAUUAAUAAAGAAAUUGGAAUUCUCAUUAUUAAUGGUAUUUCAUAAUCAAUCAUUUUUUAGAAAAACAUGAAUUCCCAGAACAAAUCUUAUAAAAGAGAUCCAUCAGAAAAAUUGUGAAGUUCGAUAAUAAUUACUAUACAACUGAUUUUUUACCUUCUUAAAUUUUAAUUAGAGAGAAAAAAUCAUAAAAAAUUAUUAAAAUGUAUUCUCCUACUCUCAAAGAAUUAGAUUCCAUUUUUGUUCUACUUAAUCAAAUUAGUAUGCAAUAGAUAUUAGAUCAAAAUAUUGUGCCAAUCUUUGAUAUGCCACCUGAAGCCUUUGAUUACAAAGAAUUUAAAAAAGGAACCAAAAUUAAAUUAAAUUUACCAAAUAUUACUGAAUAACCCCUUGAAAUUACAGAAGAAUAAAUUAAUAAUGGUCUUUUUAAUUCAUGGACUAAAGAAAUUGAAAUCAAUAACAAAGAUUUAUAAAUCAUAAUAGAGUAUAUAUUACUUUAUAAAUUAGACCAUGUAUGUUGGAAAUUUACAAUUAAUUGAAUAGUAGUACAAUUAAAAAAAUAUGCACUUCAAAAGAACUUACUUAAGUUCUAUCCAGUAGAUAUUUAAUUGGAUUUAAAUUAAUAUGA